UUUUGCACCUGUUGCUAAAUUGGUCACUGUUCGGUGUCUAUUAGCUGUUGCUGUCAGCAAAGGUUGGUUUAUUCAUCAAUUGGAUGUGAACAACGCCUUUCUCCAUGGUGAUUUGGAUGAGGAAGUAUAUAUGCGGAUCCCUCGAGGAUUUUUGCAGCUCCGGGGGAGACUCACGUUUGUAAGUUGAACAAGUCCCUUUAUGGUCUGCGUCAGGCUUCUCGCAGCUGGUAUCAUAAGUUCACAGCGGCCCUCUGCGAGCUCCAGUUUCGCCCUUCUCCCGCAGACCACUCUUUGUUUGUUUUUCGCCGGGGGAGUACCCAUGUCGUGGCUCUCAUUUACGUUGAUGAUAUGAUCCUCGCAGGUACUGGCCUUGAGUUUAUCAAUCGAGUCAAGGCCUUUCUCCAUCAGCGGUUCAGUAUCAAGGAUUUCGGCUCUUUGCGCUACUUUCUCGGUAUUGAAGUAGCUCGUGCUCCUGAAGGUAUGGUUCUCAGUCAAAGGAAGUAUGUUCUUGACAUCCUGGCUGACGCAUGCGUCCUUGGUUGCCGACCCAGUGCCUUCCCAGUGGAGCAAAAUCAUCAUCUCACACGUCCCGCACCAGCAGACUACCCUGACCAUGCUGCUUAUCGUCGGCUGGUGGGACGUCUUCUCUACUUAACUGUGACGCGGCCUGAUAUCACACAUGGGGUCAAUAUCCUCAGCCAGUUCGUUCAUGCACCCACUCAGGCCUACAUGGAUGCGGCACAAAGGAUUUUACGUUAUUUGAAGAAUGCCCCAGGACAUGGUCUUUUCUUCCCCACUGCUAGCUCCCUCGAGCUCAUUGGUUAUUGUGAUGCUGAAUCCACCCGUCGAUCCACUAUUGGUUAUGUUGUUACUCUCGGUGGUGCCCCCAUUUCUUGGCGUACGAAGAAGCAGCGUGUCGUUGCUCGCUCCUCUGCCGAAACUGAAUAUCAUGCCAUGGCAAGCACGGUCAGUGAGAUCAUUUGGCUGCAGUGGUUGUUGCAGGAACUUGGAGCUCCUCAACAGGGCCCGACACCACUGUACUGUGACAAUCAGGCUGCUCUCCACAUUGCAGCGAAUCCUGUCUUCCAUGAACGCACUAAGCACGUCGAAAUGGAUUGCUACUUUGUACGAGAGCGAGUCCAGUCUGGUGACAUUAAUCCUUUGAAGAUCGGUUCUCAUUUUCAGUUAGCCGACUAAAGGCCUGGGUGCUGAGUGGUUUCAUUUUCUCCUUUCCAAACUGCGCGUUCGUAACCUUCACGUCCCAGCUUGCGGGGGAGUAUUGGGCCAGGCCCACUCACGAGCUGCCAAGGCUGCUGCCGAGGCUAACGUGGUCACCAAGUCACAAACUAUUCUCAUAGGAGACUUAGUAGUUCCGUGUACUAAGUGGAAUUCCUCUUUGGCUGCCCUAGCAGAUUGUAACAAAGGGCAUAAAUCACUUGUAAGGCCGCCGGCCAUGCUUGAAUAACAAGAAUAAGAAAAAACUGGAGAGUUGAUCUCUCCCGUGGACUAGUUCCGAUACUCGGGGAAACCACGUAAAAUCUGUGUCUUGUCGUUUCUGCUUAGCGAUCUCAACAAAUUCUAUAUUUUUAUUUAUUUAUAAGGGCGAGAUGGUUUGAUUUUUAUAGUUAGGUGUUACUGAAGAUAUUUGAAUUUAGAGACCUUUAAAUUCAAGACUAAUGGUAUUAUGACUAGAACAAGUCCUUGUUCACCAAAGUUUGGAGCACAUUACUAUACACUAACUUCUAGAAGUUUGGGGUAUGCUACUAUCAACGAUUUUACUUUACUGAAAUACAACAAAAUACAUCUAACAAUCAUAUCACUUGGAAUAUGAUAUAAAAAUAGGAUUAUUGGAUAUUAAAAUCGCAAAGUGUUAAUAUAUGAUUGGAAGCCGGUGUUAAUGUAGAUGAUCGUCCGUCAAUCUUUGAUUUUGUCCUCGUCGAGUGAGACAGAUUCUGUGAGGGUAACAUUUUAUAUAUAAUAUUGUAAAAUGGAAGGGACAGUAUUUAGUGAAGUCACAUUCAGGUCAUUAUGGUGUCAUACUGCCAUCUGAUACCGAGGAGAGCCUGGGGGUCUUGAAAGAGUUCAAGAUGGUAAUUUGACAAACGAGGAAUAUUUUGGGGGGUACAGUGAUCGUGGUGGAGGAUUUUCAUUCAGAUUUUGUUUCUGAAACAUUAUUCAUGAAGCUAAAUGGGAAGUGAUUGUAAUUUGAUACUAGUCACGGCCCCGGCUAGUUGAUCUGAUUCAGUCGCUAACUGCAUAAACAACAUUAUCAAAUUGUAUGUUAGAUAUGCGAUUUUUGAUAGUAUAAGAAAAUCUAAAUUAUUCAAAUAUUCGAAACAUUCAAAUUUAUUGGUAUAAGUGAAUCCAAAUUAAUAAAGUAUUUCAACAAUUCAAAACGAUCAAUAUGUUAGAUAUGUCGAAAAAUACUAUUGGUAUAGUGUUUUUCGACAUUGAAACUGACUCAUCGAUUAAAAUCUUUUUAAGGAAAGAAAACCAUAACCGACUCCUAAAGACAUGUUAAAAUCACCCUUUAAUUUACUCCAAGUUAUUAGAGAUUACUCCACAUUUUCUUUUUGACUUGUUUGCACUUCCACCAUCAUGGGUAGUAUCAUCAUCUGCACCAAUAUUUUGUCUUUAUCUCCAUUAGUGAUAUAUUUAUCUCCUUUGUCAAUUUCCUCUUCUUUCUUCUCUUACAUUUCAAUAUUCUCUUUCUUGUUUUUUUUCUGCAUUUUAAUGAGCAUAAAAAUUUGAUGAAAACUAUUUACAAAUACCAAUAAUCUUUUUGCUGGAGUAGAAUUUACCUCAUCCAAGUUUUAUAUCAAAGAUUUGUUCUUUCUCCUCAUCACUGGUACUUGUAUCUUUGUCAUGAACAAUAUUUUUUUCUUCUCAAGAUCAUCGUCAUCUCUAGCACUGGAUUUAGUGCAUCCACCAUUAGUAGUCUCAUUAUUGUUAUCUUGUAUUAGUAUUAUGAAUUAAGAUCAUCAACAUUCAAAGGCACAACAUAUGGUGUGAUUAUAUAGAACCGUAGGUGUUUAAAAUAUAUUGGAGUUAAAAUUGUAGCCGGAUACAAUUGCUUGCAUGUUAGUAUGAACGGAGAAAAUUUUCCAGAAAUACUACCAAAAAAAAAUUCAAAAAAUACCACCCUUUCUCAUAAAUAAAUUCCGUGAAAGGAAGCAAAGUUCUGUGAAAGGAAGCGAUAGUUCCGUGAAAGGAAGCAAAGUUCCGCUAGAGUUUUAUGUUAUAAACGACCUGCAUUUGCCUAUAGAUUAAAGAAUAAAACUAUAAGUGUCACUUGUGCAUGUUAGAAAUUGAAGGCAUAUAUUUGUGCAUAUGAUAUAAAAAUUAAAGACGUAUACAGUUGAUAAUACAACCAGGUAUAAAAUUGCAUGCAUGCUAGUGGGUAAUAAAUGAAAGUUCAUCUGGAAUUUUAAGUUAUAGAAUUAAAUGAAUUUGUCGAAGUUAAACAGUAAAACUAUGAAGUGCAUGUUAUAAAUAUUGAAGAGCUAUCUACUUGCUUACAUAACUAAGUAUAAUUUACACAUGGUAUACUGUCGAUAGCAAUUUAUUUAUAGGACGAUAAACGCAAUUAACUGCAUGAAAAAAAAUCAACAUGUUAAAAGUAUACAUGGUAAGCAGGUUGGUUAAAUAAUAAUUAGAGGGUGAAUGGUCCGAAUAUACUCCAAACCGAAUAGAGAAUAUCAUAAAUUUGUAAUUAAUAUUGAUCAUUAUUUUCAUGCAAGUAUAAUUUACCUCGACUUAGUCAAAAAUACUAUAUGCGUUGUACUCUUCCGAUCCUUCGCUAUCCUAUAAAUCAUGUACUCACUUGUUGAUUAACGAUGUAUUAUGUGAGCUUGAUAUCGAACUACAAUAUAAAGUGUCAAAACAGAAUGUACGAUUUUAUUUACUUCUUCUCAUGAUUUUUUCCAAAAUAUGUGGAGUAGGUUUUGAUUGGUGAGAUGAGUCUAUGGUAAGCAGCUUCCCGAAUAUUUUCGAGGUUUUCCUGUACGAUAUGGUUUGGGGGUCAUUCCCUCAACUUGUAGGAGAUGAGCAGGUGGUAAAAAUACUCCAAAAAAUCAGCAUUCCAAAAAAAAUCUAUCUCCCACUCGAUCCAUAACUACAAAGUUAGCCUCAGUGGUUUUGUCCACAACUCGAAGUUGGAUCCUGAAUAAGUAUAAUGUUAGCAAUGACAUAAAAAAAGGUACAAACUUAUACUUUUGUGGACAGAUUUCACAUCCAUCAUAACACCACCAUUCUUUAACUUUGAUAACUUUGUUUUUAACAUAGAAGAUAUUUUCCUACACAUUUUAUAAAAUGUUAACAUUUGAUAGUUAAUGGGUCAUUAAAUCGAAAUUGAUACUACCACUUCUUCAUCAUUCAUUUUUAAUUGAUUUAGCGUUUACAGUGUUUUGUCGAAAUUAGUUGUUGAGGUGCGUUCGUGCUUUUCACUUCUUUACAAAAAAUGAUAAGUAAUCCCUUUUUCUAUUUGAAACUUCAACUUAUAACGUGAAACGAAAUCCGGUGAUUAAAUUCUCUUGAAUUUCACCUUGGCACAAAAUUACUGAAUUUUGGAAUUCUUGGAUUCUUCACCAGUAAAAUCGCUCUAGAUGAGGAGAAGGUUUUCUCGCUUUCAAAUUUAACGAUCAUUUAAUUGAAUGUCAUAUUUUUUUUUGCAAAUGGUUUGAUUACUAAUGACAAAAUAAUAAAGAUGUUUACUUACCCUUCUAUGGAAUGACAUAAAAUGAUGUAAUGACCAAGAUGAGAGGGAGAGAUGGAGGUUUCCCGCAUUUGAAAGGAUAACAUUUAAUUGGGUAACUAUCCUACCAAGAGAGUUACCUUGACAACAAAUCCCCUACAUCCAAAUGGUACAUUAGAUUUGCGAUUAGAGUUAACGUAAUGUAUAUUAUUUUAAACUGAAAAAAAAGAAUUACAUACUCGGGAAGUUUUAGUUGGAACCUCCUUGCUGGUAAUUUUUCCAGUGAGUGUUAGAUGUCAAUAAACCCAAAUAUUGAAUAAACUGGCAAACAACAUACAUGGAAUGAAAAUUUUAAAAGUCAAUUAAUUUUUUUGGCGGUAUACACAUUAGAUUAAAGUAAUUUGAAUUGAGAAUAGUAAUCGAACCCGAAAGAAAGUUUCUUUGGUUGCACUUCUUGUCACUCUCAUCUUGAUAGAUGAAAUAAAAUUUGUAAGAUGGUAUAGCUAGAAUAUCAUCGCAUGCUUCAACUUAUGUAUUUGAUUCAAACUUGAUGAUCAAUUUGUUUAAAAUUGUCAUGUAAUCUCCCAUUGUCGUAUUGGCUAUAGAGUCUUGAUAGUGUAAACUCUCUGGUCACAAAAUAGGAGACCAAAGUCCUUGAUUUUUCCUUUAGGAAUUUGCACCCCAAAUAUCAUUAUCAUGAAGAAAAAAGUAGGAAUAUUAAUAAAUUUUCAAAAUUUAAUCAUGGAGUUGAAUUCGCGUGGUUGUUGUUAGUUUACAGUUUGAGUCAAUAACUAUCAUAUCGAGGCAAAUAAUAAUUUUCAUCUUGGGAUUGAUUGGCAGCCUCUUCCUCGAUACCUGACAUUGAAGAAUCCAACUUCUCUUUUAAGUUGUGAGAUCGAAUAUCAGCCUGAAUUGUAUAUUGACUAACCUCUAAUUAAAACAAUAGUGAAACAAUAUUUUUGUUUCACAAUGGAUAUCAUAGUAACUCACAAAAUAGGUAAUAAGCUCAAUUUUGAUGCAUGAGUGUGUGAUUAAAGAAACAUAGAUUAGCUCAUUCUAAAAUAAGAAACUUGACAUAUAUAACCAUGGAUAUUAUAUUGGUAGUGAAAUAUGGAAAGUAAAUAUAGAAGUCAAGAUGGAAGAAUUGUAGAACUUAAAUAUAAUUUAAUCCUUCCACAAUCAUGAAUAUACGUGAACUAAAAAGAUAUAUUUCUACCACCAAUACAUAAUAACAUGUUAGUAUAGAGGCAAGUGCAAUUGGGUAGUGAGUAGGAAAAAGAAGCUAAAUCUAGCAAAAUAUCAACAGUGUUUGAAUAAGGACUUGCAGAGUGAGUAGGAAAAACAAACUAAAUUUAGUAACAUAUCAACCGUGUUUGAAUAAGGACUUGCAGGUGAAAGUAAAAGAGCAACGAAAGAAAGAAUACAUGCAAUAAUUCAUAAGCUAACAGAUAAGCAACUGGGAAGGGCUGGAAGUGUUGGGUGGGAGUAGCAUGAUGUCUCUAAUCCGUGAAUUAUAUAGUAGUCGGGCGAGAGUUAGUAAUCAUAGUAGUUGUGUACGAUUAUGUACCGCUUCUCUGCACUAUUGUGGUUACCUAAUUGCAAAGUUAUGGUAGGAGAAGCAAGAAUGCAAUUGUAAGGUGAAAUCCAUUUUAUGCUUUAUUUUUCACGGUUUGACAUAAAAUCAGAUGAACCACCACGGUUUAUGUGAUUCGCUGGUUCGCUAUUUUAAUCAUACAAAAUUAAGUAAAAACGUACUUUAACGUAAACUAAAACCAUCUAACUUCAAUAAUGUAAUUUUAUUUAUGCUUCCUUUUUUUCAUUUACCAGUCUCCUUGUCGGAUUUAUUUGGUUCAUUACGGAUUGUCACUCUUAUUAUUGACUUGAAUUUAAUAAAAAAAAUUAUGAUGUCUUUUGUGAGAUAGUUUGAAUACUUUGUAUUAGUGUAUUAUAUAUGUAUUUUACAUUAUAGCGCAUAAACGGUUCUAUCACCGAUUUGAUUGUUUGAUGUUUGAUUUAAUUGUGUAUCUAUAACGCAUUAUUCUAUGAAGCACAGUAAAAGACGAAAGAUGGUUGGUAUGAAGUAUUGGUUAAAACUAUAAAAAAAGUUCAAAUCGAAAAAAGAGUGACACGACCAGCACGGUCAAUUUAUGAUCACUAAAAAAAUGCUGUUAUUUUGGUAAAAUUAACUAACAAAAAAAGAAAGAAUUUUUUGGAUUAAAGUAUUAAUAUUUAGAUGUUGAUGUUACCUGUUAUAUUCCAGCACUCCCGUUUGAAUGUUGAAGUUAAAUGUUGCACGAGUGUUUUUUCCCUCUAUUUUCCUAGUUCUUGUUAUUAUACUUGAGAAUUUUUCCUCCAUGUUUUGCACGAGUGUUGCACCAUUAUUUGUUUUUAUAUAUUUUGAGAAUAGUUUGUGAAAGAUACUGGCACGGUAUAAGUAUUUGAUUUUGCAUAUUUGAUUAGUAGUUUUGAAGAAAACAAAUUUGGUAUUUGAUAUUUGGUAUAUACUGAUAGUCUGAUACUGAACAAAAUAUUAGAGAUUGAGAUUGAGAUGUCGAAUUUAUUUUAGGAUUGGGAUUAAAAUUAAGAUUAAGAUUGAAUUUAAGACACUAGUUAGUAUAUAAAAAUAUUUCUAUCUUCUCUUCUCUCUCUAAAUACUAUAAAGCGUUUUCUCCCAAAACUCUUCACCGCAUCUUGCGGAAUUUCCUUUUAUUUUUUCUUUUUCCGCAUUUGCAAACAGCAGCGGCCAAUUUUUAUAUAUUUUAUUAUUUUCUUUCACAUCCUUUAUUUUAUUUGGUAAGUACGUGCUUUAUUUUUUAAAAGACACGUGUUUGUCCAAUUUGCAAGUUCUCGAGAAUUUUCUCGUUGUAUUUUGUUUGGCUGGUUAAAAUUAAUAAUUGUGAAAUUGUAUUGGAGGUUAUACAAAAAUAAGUCAGUAAUUUUCUUAAACAAAAUGUCGGUAAUAAGAUAUUUUGUAUAAAAAUUAUGGUUUGACUGUGAUUCAAUUGUUGUUUUAUGCCGUUUAGAAUCACCUAUUAUUUAGAGUCUGAUAUUCAAUAUUUUCGCUCCAACCGUGUAGUGCGGUGGGUUUCUAAAACAUUGGUGAAAAUACACUUGGUACUAUUUUUUCAAGAAUUCUUAGUUGAACCUUAGCUCAAAUAUCGCACUUUAUAAAUUGAUCUAUAUUGUGUGGAAGAUGAUUUUUCAGUGUGUUUAGUUCAUGAAUCUUCGCAUACAUAUAGAGGUGGCAAAUGGAUUGAUUCAUGGAUUGGUGGAUCCAUGGAUCAAGUAGAUUGGUGGAUUCAUGGAUUGGAUCAAGUGGAUUGGUAGAUUAUCCAUGAAUCCAAAUGACAUCCUCAACCAAUGACCAAUAUGUAAAAUGUGAAAAGUUUAGGUACUAAAAUGUCAUAAUGAAAAUUUUUAGGUAACAAAACGUAAUUUUCCAAUGAUAUUUUUCGUAUAAAAAUUUAAUUUUUGGUACCAAACUGUAAAAUAUAAAAAAGUAUAGGUACCAAACCGUAAUUUGCCAUUUGGAGCCAUGGAUCAAUCCAUGAAUCCACCAAUCCAAUUGGAUUUGGAUCAAAUGGAUUGGAUUUAAAUGGAUUGGAUUAGGUGGAUAUUUUUAAUGGGUUGGUGUAUUGGAUUGGUGGAUUGGAUUGAAAAUUGCCACCUCUACAUACAUACAAUGCAUCGAGACUUUAUAUUAUCACAAUUUCAACAUGAGAAUUUUUUUGGUAAAACUUCAUUGUGGGAAUGAGUCAAACUUAGAUAAUAGACAAACUAUCAUGAGAUUGAUGCCCAAUAUUGAAAUUUUUUAACAAUAGUAUGUUAUAAAUUUUGCCAAAAAUU